UCGAAGGAGCUAAAAAAGUUACUGUUAGACACAGCUAGGAUAGUUUUAAAACGUCAUUUUAGCUUAUUGAUGAAUGUAAAACUGAAAGUGAAAACUAUUGAAAAUGAUCCUGUAAUAAUUGCGCUUUCCUAAGAAGCUGGUGACGCAUUUUCGGGUAAGUUGCUUUACAUACUUACUUGUCACGUUUUAUUCCUGACUUUUUUUGUACCUUUUUUCUUUGUUCGAUCAGCUACCUUUAACCUAAUAUGGUGUUACUCGCUCUUCGAAUAGCGUACUUUCUCUGUAAUUAUCUUGAUAAAAGUGAUAAACUGUUGAUUUUUCAUUCUCCUUUGGAGACUUAACUUAAGAUUAUUUUAAUUUCGAUUUUUAAGAGCUAUGACUAGCACUUGGAAAUUGAAGUAAUUAUUAUGGGAUCUUUUUAAUGUGAAUCUUAACCAAUGUAUAUAUUUAUACUACACAUUUUGUUUCUCAAUAGAGCUUGUCACAGUAUUGGAAGCGAUCUUGACGAGUAGGUAACCAUGUGAGAAAUUACAGUGUUUGUGUGAGAAUCGAAUGUCGAUACGAAUGUUGUGUAGUGCCUAAUGAACACACUACUGUUUUUACUAAGCUCAUACGCUGGGGAGGAUCCAGGAUUAGUUGAGCGGGGUGCAGCUAAGUGUCCGCCGAAGGCAUACCAUCGUAGGGGUGUCCGGGGGCAUGCUCCCUUGGAAAAAUUUUGAGAUUUAGGUCCUCAGAAAGGUGAUCUCCUGCAUUGUAUUAUUGUAGGUUGUCUCAUGCCUUUGAAACAACCCCCUUUUUAGCUAUUUUGAACGUGAACUACUCUUAAAAAUUUACAUUAAUCCAGACCAAUAACGAAAACGGUUAUAAAUUUGUAAUAUUUUGCCAUGUGCUCUAAAAAUCACUAUUGAGUUUCUUCAAAAAUGGAAGCAACGGGGCAUUUAAAACCAGGAAAGGACUCUCCUCUCUCAAUUAGUGUUUUGUUUUUCUUUUCAUCACAGUCAUUUUUCAAAAAAUAACAUAUAGUAUUUGUUAGGGAUGUAUGUCCACCAAAGGUUUUCAUCAGAAACUGCUCUUGUUUAAACAUUUCCAUUUCGGUUUAGGGGGUUCAAACAAACCCUCCGAACCACCUGAACCACCCCUGGAUCUGCCCCAGCAUAUGCUUUUUUUUAGCAAUAACAUUACACACAAGCAGUAAUCUUAUAAAUUUUACACUCGGUCUCCAGUCAAUAAUGAUACACUUGUAAAAUACAGGGCAAAAAACUCUUUUUUUAUUUCACUUGUCCAUUGGACAAGUACUUUGCAGGUUUUGGUUGUCCGAACAUAAAAUCCACUCACCCAAAGAAGAUAAAACGCUGCCAAAACAGAUUACGACAUUGUGACCCGUGGGUUUACCGAUGCGACUAGUUGUUACUCAGUGGUGACCAAGUUUUCACGCCUGGUUGCCAACCUGGCCCCCAAGAUAUGUGACCUUCUUUGGGAAAAUGUACACUUACGAUGAUCCAUUAUCUGUUAGAAAACUAACAGAUACCUAAUGGUUUUUAUAACUUUCAAAAAGUUUGCCCAAACGGUUUAUCUGUCUUGAUUGCGUACCUGAUUGCAAAUUUAAUAGUCUGAUAAAAAUUUGCAGAAAGUUAAUCAAAAACAAACGUCACCUAUAUCUCAGCAAUUUAAUAUUUCUUGAACUUCUUGUAAACAACUUUAAGCCCAUCGCAUAAAGCGUGGUGUGACGACUCAAAUUAGAGCACUGCUGUAUUUUAUUGACUGCUAAUACAGUACUGUAUUUGGCAAUAAAUGAAAUAGAUCAAGUUUCACCGAUGUUCAUUUCUGAACAUCAAUGGAAAUGUGGGAUGCAAAGCAAAUGUUUGCAUUUGCAUUGAUUUUUUUUUUCUUUUUGAACCCAAAUAAGUUUUUCUGUGAUCCCUAAAGUUUGUUUAACUACAUGACUGUGUAUUUCAUUUCCUGAAGCUUGAAUACCUGUUUAAGGAGAUUUAUGCUUCACAAUUAUAUUAUUUACCAGAGACUUGAGACGCGGCCGUAGUGUGUGAGUUCUUCAACUGAUGCUACAAAUUUAAGGAUGGACAUUAAUGAUAAAACAAGCGAAAACCGCUGGAAAGGAAGACGUUGGUUUUAAGAUCUUACAGAAUAAAUUUAAAUUAUGGACUUGAGCAUUCUUUUUCUGUUAAGGCAAAGUAAAAGGCAUUUAGUUUAUCGUAUUCCAAUAAUUCUUUAAUAUAAUUUUUGGUGACUAGAAUACUUGUUCUGGCAACCAAAAAUAAAAUCCUGGGGGCCAGCUGGCCCCAAGAUUUGAAUUGAGCACUUCUGUGACAAUUCAAGUUACUUUUCAGUACUUUAUUCUAUGCAAGCUAUCAACUUCAGAUCUUACAAAGCUGAAAAAAAAUAUUGCUCACAAUAAAUUUUACUCAUCCGGUUGACGAAUGCUUUCUGAGUUUCAGUCGUUCAUGGCCAAAACCUGCUCGUCUCAGACGAGCGCACAAGUGAAAGUUUUUUGCUCUGAAAUAAUAGUUUUAUUAAUUCGAUUUUAAUUGCUACAAUAUUUGCUUAUUUCAAUUUAUAGUGUCCCCAUUUAGUGGUUCCUUUACUGCUAUGUUAGUGUGACAUUUAAAAAAAGGUAUUGAUUGAUUGAAUAAUAUCCGUAAAACAGCAGUUCUGAAAAAAAUAUGAAUUGUAAACUAAAGCUACUUAGCAAAGGAUUCUACUAACAAAUUUUAGGGGCCAUACCUGAGCUUAAAUUUCUCCAGACGCUUGCCUUAGGUUUUCUGUAUAUUUGUCUGCAAUUUUUCCUGGGAAAUUUUAGUGGGCAGGAAGGAAAAUUUUUACAGGCAAAUGUAUAGAAAAUUUUAAAAACUGGUUCUAGCGCAUGUAGCUGCAUGUAUAAAUGCCCUCGUAUUUUUUCAGUCGAAUAUAUUAUCGUUGGGAGUGAAGCUAUUUGUAUUUUUUCAGAACAGCCAUUUUACGGAAAUCAUACAGUAUUAGAUUCUCAUACAUGUACAAACGCUGUAAUUUCUCACGCAGUUGCCUACUUGUCAAGAUGGUUUCCAAAACCAUAACAAGGUCUAUUCUAUUGCAGGAGGGGGUGAAUAUUGAAAAGAAUGCUUGGAGAUGAGGAGAAGAGAUGGCUGGUGGUUGGAAUUUGCCUCAACAAAGUUCUCACACCAGUAUUAAGAAAGGUUAUUGAAGAGGAAAUACCACAACUGUAUGAUGGGCUUAUUCAACCACCUACAAACAUUCAUUCACAAACAUUUGCUUCUCACCAAGAAUGCCUUUCACCUUCCACCCUGCGCCUGAAUUACAUUAACAUAAACAACAAUAAGACCCAAGGAUCAUCUAAACACUUAUAUGAUUACAGUGUCAAAGAUGACGUCUCCCUUGCCAAACUGUUUGUAAAGGGGGCAAGCUUCACAGCAUUUGAUGAAAGUCUAGACUUGUCAGCUGUGCUUUCUAUUUUAUGUGGGUCCCCAAACUUUAUAUAUUAUGGCAUUCAUCUCAUUGCAAGUGAUGUGCGUACAAAAGUGCGCAAUGAGUGGGGUCAUUGUUUGUUUACUGUGUGGACUGAAGCAUACUAUGACGAAUGCUUUCAACUGAUGGAAGACCUUAUCAAAGCAUUGAAACUUCCUGUACUUUCUCAGGCAAAUGUUCUGGAAGAUUUAAAGGAAUGGAAAAAAAGAGGUAAGAUCAUAAAAUUACUUUUCAAGAACUCAACAGCAUUUCAUACUGGGAGGCUUUAUCACAAGGUCCAAGCUCUUACCUUCGAUGUACCAUUUUUGAGAGAAAAGGUACCACCUUUAUACACCUUCUACUGAAAAAUAAUGCUCCUUUAACAUACCUAUAUGUACUAACAGUAAGUCCUUUUAUGCUAUUUAGCGUUAAGUAAAUUACAAUGAUUCAGCCAAUAAUAAGGCUCUUUUAAAUACCUUUAUGACACAUUCCCCUACCCUUUCAUAUUCUUCAACUCACAAAAUCCCUACCUGGUCAAAGAGAGGGAACCCCUUUCUGGCAGAGCCUUUCUAUAAUGAGCUAUUACAGGGAUCAGUAUUUCCUCCAGGUCCUCCAUUCAGUGUUAAGACCACCUAAGGCUCAAAAUAACAGUCAAUCAUGGGACAAUGUCAAACCAGAAUGGCAGCUUGACUGGCCAAGAACUUCACCUUUCCAGCGUGGAAAGAAAGUAGUGUCCGAUAGCGCGGGGCUAGUGGAUUUUGCUAUUGGGUUAGUGAAUUCUGUUUUUAACUUGCCCGAUGGGCAAGUGAUGUUUUUUUUUUGAGGAAUUCAAUUAACAGAAGAACUGUGAAAUCAAUCCUGCUAUUCAAAAAGCUUUUGGGUCUAGUUGAAAUGAAGCCUGGGCUAGUAUAUGCUAGCUUCAGCUUGCCCAAAUGGAAAGCUGUAAAAAUGAUUUUCCUUUGCAUCCUGUUGCCAGUCAUGUUGAUUGGUCACAACAGAGAUCAAAGGCUAUCUUUGGUAGAUUUUUAAGCCAUUUUUUAAACAGUCUACAACCCCGAACAAAACUGUUGAGACAACUUCAUCUAUUUUCUAACUUUUGCACCCUCCUCCCGUCUCCUCUAAACACAAAAAGUAAACCCCCUCCCCGCCCCCUAUUCAAAGUUGUCUUGGUCUAAAACCAACGUGUAUAAUUGCCAUGCUAUCCUAAACAACUUUGGAUAAGGGGAGGGGGGAAAUCAGGCAUUCAUUUGGCAGAGGAAUAGGCAUUUUCGUGAUUUGUCUCAACAGGUUUUGUCCGGGGUUGUAGCUCUGACUUGAACAAGCACAUGAUAGUUUUGUGUUUACACGUUGUCAUGAGUUAACUUUUUUCCAAUAUUUUGACCAGGCAGGGACAAGACUUAACCAAGCAAAUAUUUCUUCAGCUGGUGAUCAUUGUGUCCAGCCUUCAUCCCAAAAUAAUGUUUUCAGCCCUACUACCAAUCCCAUAGGCCAUGGGUUCAGAUUAUGUUUCUCAAUUCUCCUAGUUUUCUGUCAACUUUGUAGGUAUUGAAAUGUGCUUUGAGGAAUCUAUCAGUCAUGAUAUUCUGGAGCUCAUUCAAACUGAAAUGGCCACUUUAGUGAAGUCUGUGGAGGACAACAAAGAAUCCUGGACGCAAGACCAAGUGGUACUGAAAGAUAACCUUCAAAACUUGACCCAAGUAUUUGGGACUGAAAUCAAAGGGCUUGAAGCUAAACACACAGCCUUAAGAAGUGGAUUUCAGAGACUUGAAAGCAGACAAGAUGAUCUUGAAGUAAAAGUGAUUGGUUUAGAGCAAGGCACAGACAAGAGAAAUGACCCCCAGACAAGAGGUAAUUAACCCUUUAAGCCCCAAGAUUGACAUACAAAUUCUCCAGACUGAUCUCCAUACAUUUCUUUUAAGAACAGUUGAGAGAAUUUGGUUUAAGAUCAAAGCAUUCUCCCUUUGGUUAUCAGUUUAAUAAUUCUCAUAACCUUUACUCUUGAUGAUCUGCUGAUGUUGUUAGGAGAAAAUUGAUGUUGGCCUGACACUCUUGGGGCCUAAAGGGUUUAUCAUCAAAGCUAGCUGGGUUGAGGAAACAUUGGAAUCUCAUGUGGUAGUACAGGGACACAUGUUGGAGUGAAAAAAACUGAGAUGCGUAGUCAAAUUAGUGCCGUGGAUUCAAGAGGGAGGAUACUAAUUCUAUUAAGGGCACUUAUUUGAGGUGGUGAUGGGGUUGCUUUUUGAAAUUUCAGCUUUACAAUAACUUUGUCUUUAUUAUCCAGUAGACACAGACUAUGAGUAGAAAUUAAAUGUAUUCUUUUGUUCUUAAGGUCCUACCUCCCUUUUAAAUUCUCUAAGUUUUAGUAUUAAAAGUCUUCUCUUCUACUUUUAUAUGAAAGUAUAUAUUUGUUGAUAAUUUUCUUUCAUUCGGAAGGGUUGAAAAGAUCUUCCCCAUGAUUUGAAAGACCUCCCAAAUUUUCCCUUCCUGCAUGCUUACUAAAAACAACAUCUGUAACUGAUUAGACAAUUUGAGAGUUGACCAUAUUCCUUCUUUUCUCCAUGUAGUAUAUAGUGUGUGUGUUAUUGUUGUUGUUGUUUUUGUUGUUGUUGUUGUUCUCCCUGGGUCUACUCAUUUCCUUUUUCGGAGGCGGGGGGAGGGGCAUUUUCACAUGGAGUUUUUUUAAAUUAUAUACAAAAGUAUUACUGGACAAAUACAAAAAUUAGCUGUGGGACAUCAUUGUGUUUAUAACUGAAAUUAGCCUUGCUAACCUGGUUCUUAAGAUCACAAUUCAGUAAAAAAUAGCUGAACAAAAGUAAGAUGAUUGAGACUGGUGUGCAGCCAUUUUUGUAUUGGGUCUAUUCUAUUCAUUACAUAGAUUACCUGUUGUGUGGAAGAUCACUGGUACCUCAACUUCAUUGGUUUUGUUUGUUUGUUUGUUUGAUUUUACAGAUCUUCUGUGGAAAAUUCCUCUUGUUUUAGUCCUAAUAACGCUUCUCCAGGUUUUGCUCUAUGAAAACUAUUUUAAAUUAUUGUGGCUUGCUGACUGGUAUAUUCAGAGAGGUAAGAUUAGAAGAAAUGACUUGAACACUAUAAAAAGAUUUGAGAAUUGACCAAUAAAAUGCUAUCCCUUUAUCAGAGUGAUGGACUAAUUUUUUGCUGGAGAUGUUAGGUUUUGAUCCUCUUCAACACACUGGCCAAAUUAUUGUCUGGUGGAAAAUAUCCAUAUAUAUUAUAUACAUACUGAGAAAUACUCACCAAAAAGUUAUGUCAUAAAUUUUCAUACGCAGAUUAGUUCUAGCCAAUCAGAGGAGCGAAAGAUGUUUUUCACACAUGAAAAAAAUGAUACGUCCAAUCAGAAUCGCGAACGAUGUUAUUUCAUGUGUGGGAAAAAUAAUACGUCCAAUCAGAGGCCACAGAGGUGUGUGAGUUUCGCGCCAAAAUUCCCGCCUUUUAUUGCAGCUUGCAGUGCCGCUUCACACACAUUCAACAAGAAAAGUCUUACUCUAAGAGUUUUUCUCGCUAAGAAAGUGAAAAACAUUUCGGAAAUGGAGUGGAAUAGUUUUGUUUGUUUCACUGUCGAUAAAGAAAAUGGCGGAAAGGGAUAAACAGAAUGAGACGUCAGCUUUUGUUGUGCUUUUUGUUGGAGCUACUUUGCCUUUCAUUUAAGCUUAAGCUUAUAUUGAAACCGGCUAUUUUACUUAAAUUCACUCAUUUUCAAUUGUGCAUUGAGAACAAACAGUUAAGAUUACUUAUAGUUCUUGGAUUACCUCAUAUCCUCACCAUCAUUUAUGUUUUUAACAAACAUUUUUACUAAAAAGCUGAUACUUCGUUUUUGUUGUCAUUUGCGGUAAGUGUGUAGCGGCAAAUUUUAGCAUUUUUGAAAGAUUUAAAAUAAAAGGGCCGCCAAAAUGAUGAAUGUCUCAGUAUGUAUAUAAUAAACACAAUACCACAUGGAAAGUGCUUUGUGCGGUAUUUACACUCUCGUUGUUUUUGUAUCAGAAAUCUGACUCGUUCGCUGCGAUCACUCAUUCAAUUUCUGAUACGUCAACAACUUGUGCGUAAAUACCGUACGCCAGCACUUUCCAUGAAGUAUGCUCUAUUUAUUAUACAUUGUACUCAUUAUCUGUCUUCUCAUUGGCUAAUUGCCUCCAGCUGAUUUUGGAAAUCAGUGCAAGCUACAGAUUAGUUAGCUAUCUGCUAUAACUGACUAAUCUGUAGGUUGCGCGACAAUGCAUGAUUUCCAAUAACAAUUAUAUCAAUUCUGGUUCCUUGUGACAGUGUGUUUGUCAUUAUUUUCUUCAAAACAAUGCGUAAUAUAACAAUUCUGUUUUUGUGAAUCCAAUAACUGUUUAAUACCUUCCUCAUAGAAGGAUUUUUUUUUUAAAACCGCCACCACUCUGAUCUUCAUGCCUUAUUUUCUUCUAAUAUUUUUGUAUUUUGGAUCUCUUCUUCCUUAUUAUUUUCCAAUUUUUUCUGUGGGCUGAGUUUGGAGAUUUCCUAGAACUGCACAUUUACUUUAAUGUACCUCUUUGGUGUUUCACUGUGUGACCAGUUUGUUGAUACUUUGUUUCUCUUUUUGCAGGAUCACACUUUAAAAUGACCCUGUUAGGCUUUUUAGUCAUGUUUCUUCUGACAUUUUUGUAUGAGCAUUACACACGGGGAUCUAUGCUUCGUUACUGGUAUUGUCAAAGAGGUUGCCUUAAGGGAGGUCGCACUGUGUCGUUUGUUUACACAACAUUUGACAGGCAGGUACGUAUACUGUGAGACAUAAUAUUAUACAUGUAGUGGGGCAGUUCAUGAUAUGUAAGAUAAGGUAGAAACUGCUUGUAACCAUCAGGGACCCAUUUCUCGAAAGUCCAGGAAUUUUUUCGGGGUGAAAAAUCAAAUAUUCCAAUCAAAAUCUAAAGAAUGAAAGUGUGAGGCCCACCCAACAAACCAGCCAAUUUCGGUUUGUAAAUACUGAUAAUUUUAUCAUGUUGUAUACAGAAAUCUUGAACGUAAACAAUGGCAGCAAUACCAGGCUUUGGUAAGUAUCAGGACUUUCAAGAAACAGGCCCCAGAACAACACUCUUGUGAGCAUGUGUGUAGCCGGAGUCUUGUUCAUCUUGUAAUUAAAACUAGUUGUGUUUGCCACUUCUCAAUCCUGUUACAUACACACUUACUUAACAUUGCGGGUAGCCUACUUGUAGCUGCACCCUCCCCUCCCAUCCCCCCCUCCCGCCAAAGGAAAAACGGAGAGAGGGAGCAUUCCUUUGUUUUGUCGGGAGGGGGGGAGGGUGCAGGUGCAUGUAGGCUACUUUGCUGGUUGCUACUGACCAAUGUGUCUCAUCCUAGUUGUAAGGAGAGUGAGCAGUCAUGGACAACAGCAGCUUAAAAUGUCACAUAUAAAGCAUGUGAAGUUCUUUCAAUAUUUAUUGGUAUUUAAAUUUCCCAUUUGUAGUCAAACGUUUCUGGAGUUGAAUUCUUGGGCACAGCAUCCCAGUUCAGAAAGAAAAAGAAAAAUUUGCUGUCUUGUGUUUUAAGUCCUUCACACAAAGUUGUAGUAGAAUGUUCAACAUCUCUAUUUUAGCGGUCACUGAUGGCAAAGAAAAGAAAGAAAAGCACGAUGCAUUGUGCAGCGUUGUUUAACUAUUCCAUAUUACAGGCUUUCUUGUUGUUAGAUUCUCAUCCCUCUGUUACUGUUGGUUGUCAAGAUUACACAAGCUACAUUCUACUACUUCUGUAGCAGUCAAACUCUAAUAUAACAAACCUCUUUAUAACAAAGACCCUGGCUAAAGAAAGUAAUUAUCGCUUCAGUUAUAGUCAAAUUUAUCAAACAGGAAUUAACCAACAUGUCAUAUACCGUUAACUUCUCAGAAUGGAGUACAGAGACCUUAUCUUUUAUGAUUAGUCAAUCCAUGUGACAAAAGAGAUAUUUAGAGUCAUGUUUAUGGCAAAUGGUUCCCUGGGUGCCAGAGACUUUUCUAGCGCCGUUUCCGGUUUCUUUACGGCCGAAGAUGUGUCGGCCUUUGGCCAACACCGAAAAUUCCCGCCGCACGAGAGAAAAACCUCUGGUACCCAGGGUAGGCAAAUGGCAAACGUGAAUUUAUACCACAUCACCAAGCUUCCCCUUUACUUUGGCCGUUUUCCUAUAAACUUGACUCUAAAAUUAUCAAGUAUAAAAUGUCAGGCGCUCCCCACUCCACCCCCCCUUAAAACGGGAAUUCAGACGUGCCUCUCGUUUUGAGUGAGGCAAAGAGAUGGCUAACAUUUCAGACAACUCUAAAUCCCUCUAAAAUCAAGUUGGUUCUCCACGAGUGCGGUGGGCCAGCCUUGACACUUAUUUGAGGUCACCCAGCUAGGAAUAUCAUCGACUGGCAUGCUUUUUGCCGAUGCUAUUUAGUAAUAAAAUUAACACCGCAAUAAGAUUGCACGCUGCCCAUGUCAUAUGCCUUUCUAUUCAUUCUGUUCUUUUGUUUUAGACACCAAUAGUGAAUGGACUCGAAUUCAGUUGGGAGAGUUUAAAGAAGAAACUAAACCUGAAUUUCGACCCCCUCUAUGCACCAGGUAAGUAUUUUGCUCUGCAUCGUUCCUUUGCAGAUUUUUCCCACUGGCUCAAAAGUUUUACUCCUACGUAAGUCUCGUAAAAUUUGCAAUGCAGGUGGAAAAAUAUCUGACUAGCUGGAGUCUUAGUAAAAACUGUUGUCAUGCUGGCUGUGAUUUAAGACUUUUCCAAGUUCAGAUGGUGUCGUCUUAGGGUAGCCUUUGUACAGACCCCCCCUUCCCUUUACCCAGGGGAGGGGGGGAGGUCUGUGCACAGACUAGUCUUAGGGCGGUAACGUUCAGCUUUUGGCCUUGCCUCCUUUUUUCUUUUUUAGCAAUUUCGCCCGCGAAUACAGCCGUUUGUGGCGCAAAGCGUGGAGAGACGGCUGUAUUCGCGGGCUAUUUUCAAUACGAAGGGAAUAUAAGAGAACCGACUGCUGUUAUGCUGUUCGAAAAGGGUAGGUUAGGUAAAUUCCACUGGCGUGGUCUAUUGUGACCGACACCACUUCGGACGAAGACCGAAGUCACAGACUUGACCGAAACCGGAAACCGCGCGUGAAAAGAGUCUGAGACCCGGGGUAGCACGUGACCUAGCCUCCUCCGCAGUUCUCUGCAGGCUUCAGUGUCCUAAUUAAGAGAACGAGUGGGAGAAUGGGGAGAGAACGGGGAGUGAAGGGGAGUGACUCCUGCUUAAGACUCCUGCUUUCCUGCUCAUGUUUUUCGCCUUUUCUUGUUCUCAGACUCCUCAUGGUCAGUGUAACCAUAGUUAUUAGAGGAGACUGGUUAUGAAGAGCGGCAAACAUCAAUGAUAAAAACAACAGUGCUGCAGUUUGUUCAAAGCACCCUGAAAGUGCACAAUCCUUUGUUUUCUGUUGGCAAAUUGUUACGGAAUAAAUUAAUGCAACGUUUUUAUUGGUCGAUACAAUCAAAAUGAUAGGAAUUCUUUUGAACGUUGUGCACUUUCAGGCCCACAAAAACAUAUAACAAAGGAGUCUGACGGGUUUCAUAACCAUUCCACUCAAUUAACUAUGGUGUAACCGUUCCAAUAGGAGUUGCUUGCUACGCGUGACCCUCGACUCCCGCAAUUUUCAGACGAGAGCUUGUUCGCAGGCCUUCUCACAUGCACCCCUGCCCCGGCUGAAGGAUCUACACAGUGAUCCUCCACUAUCUGAGCAACACGCCUUUUAUUUUUUUCUUUAUGUUUUAGGAGUCCAUUACUACAUCAACACAGAUCGUUACGCGUAUGGCGGGGUGGUAACCGUUCGCUCCUCACUCGAUAACACCCCUCAGGUGCGAGGUGCCGAAGUGUUUGCUCUCAACGCGGAGUGCACUCAAGUAUUUUACGAAGAAAGUGGAUCUUGGAAACCUUACAGAAGUGCGAGAAAUAUCCAUUGUACAUCAGCUAAAUAAGUGAACGGUCAAUCAAAUUAACCAUAGGGUGAUGUCUGUCGUGGAGAGAUAGUCGAGAGUUUUAGAGUAGACUAAGCGACACGCGCGUGACUGAAGGCGCGAGACGGGAGAGGCUCUUUUUCCUUCUCGGGCUGCCGCCCUCGUUUCUCGCGCGCGUUCACUCCCCUCAUUAAAUCUGAAGAAAAAGAGAGACUGCUAGCCUCUGCUGCUAGUAGUCUCGUUUUAGAGUCACGCUUACGGCAAACUGCAAACGUCAGAUUCAAGUAGAGAAUCUCUCAGAAUAUAAAAAAAGCUGAUGAAAACAGUCCACAACGAUUCUUAGACACAAAGUAUCGUGAAAAUACUAUAUAUAUUUAUCUAGCCGGAUUUAUGAAAAUCAUACCAUCGGACACCAGGGGCCCACACACCUUAAACUGACUCAACUAAAGUAAAUAUCGCCAAGAAACUCAGCUCUUACCCAUAGUUCUCUUAAGGUGACUCUCUUC